AUGGCAGACCCAAACCCCAACUACCCCACCCCCUCAACCCCUAUCCAAGCAAUCGGCCUUCGCGAAAUCUGUCAAGUAAACAACCACCACUUCCGCCGUCUACGAGGCACAGACACCUGGAUCGAAUACACUCCUCAACUCACCAGCACCAGCACUGCCCAAGAGUCAAAGUCAGUCCAAUCCGAGAAAGAAAGUGUAAGCCCAAUCUACCUCUCCAUCUCCCUCGAAUCUCAAACCCCCACCGAGCCAAACCACUGGUCCCUCUUCCUCGCUCGCGAAAAUGCCCCGGGGAAAUUAUACCAAGUCACCGGUGACGCGGAGUCAAUGGCCUACGAGCCCUCGGUUCAGGCUGUGGAUAUUACGCGGGCAGAGAACUUCUACACUUUGUACCAGUUGGUGGAGGUUUCGGAGGAGCAGGCCGGAAUUGUAAGGGAGAUUGCGGAGGGGGAGAUGCCGCCGAAGGCGGAGAACCGGGCUGCUGUAAGAGAGAAUUGUCAGGGGUGGUGUGUUAGGGUGUUGGGGAGGUUGGCGGGGAGGGGAAUUGUGGGGAGGGAGAAGGUGGAGAUGGCUAAGGGGUUGAUGGAGCCGGUUUAG